AUGCGAAAAUCACUUCAAAAAUUUGCGGAAAAGUGUCCAUUUUCUGCAACAUCUGUCAAGACUUCCGUGCCACGCAGAUUCUCAGAAAUUCCCGGACCUCUCGAACUCCCAAUAAUAGGAAAUACCGGUAAUUUCAAGUAUGCCGUGCGGUCAGAUUCCAAAACUAUUGAAGGUUACAAUCAUCAUUUGGAAGAAAUGUAUCAUAAAUACGGGAAAAUAGUCAAAGAGAAUUUGGGAUUCGGUAGAAAACAUGUCAUCCAUUUGUUCGAUCCUGCUGAUGCACAAACAGUUCUAGCAGCAGAUGGGAAGACGCCAUUCAUUGUUCCGCUUCAAGAAACGACUCAAAAAUAUCGAGAAAUGAAAGGAAUGAAUCCAGGUCUCGGGAACUUAAAUGGUCCUGAAUGGUAUCGUCUUCGAUCUUCAAUACAACAUGCAAUGAUGAGGCCACAGUCUGUUCAAACAUAUCUCCCGUUUUCACAAAUAGUAUCAGAAGAACUCGUAAAACAUGUGGCCAAAGAGCAAGUCCGAUUUGGGCAUGUAAACAUGCAAAAAGUAGCUGGAAGAUGGUCAUUAGAGUCAGCUGGACAAAUUCUCUUCGAAAAAUCGCUUGGAUCACUAGGAGAUCGAUCAGAGUGGGCAGAUGGACUAAUUGGGUUGAAUAAAAAGAUUUUCCAGUUGUCAGCAAAAAUGCGUCUCGGUUUUCCAUUAUUUCGACUCUUUUCAACACCAUCUUGGAAGAAAAUGGUUGAAUUGGAAGACAGAUUUUAUGCAGAAGUUGAUCGUCUGAUGGAUGAUGCAUUGGAUAAACUAACGGUUAAGGAUUCUGACAGCCAAAAUAUGAGAUUCGCAAGUUAUCUAAUAAACCAAAAAGAGCUGAACAGAAGAGAUGUUAAAGUCAUAUUGUUAUCCAUGUUCUCAGAUGGACUCAGUACGACUGCUCCAAUGCUCAUAUACAACCUUUACAAUAUCGCUGCUCAUCCAGAUGCUCAACAUAAAAUUCAAAAAGAAAUUAAAGAAGAUCCGACAUCUACGAAACUUCCGUUCCUUCGCAGCUGUAUAAAAGAGACCUUUCGAAUGUUCCCUAUUGGAACAGAAGUUUCAAGAAUCACACAAAAAGAUCUUAUUCUGUCUGGUUUUCAUGUCCCAUCUGGAACUGCAGUUGAUAUCAACACUAAUAUUCUUAUGAGGAACGAGGUUCUCUUUUCUGAUUCUCCUCACGACUUCAAACCCCAGCGAUGGCUUGAGAAAUCGAAAGAUGUUCAUCCCUUCACUUUUCUCCCAUUUGGAUUCGGUCCUCGAAUGUGUGCAGGUCGUCGAUUCGCUGAGCAAGAUCUUCUAACAUCACUCGCCAAACUGUGUGCUAACUUUGACAUUCAUCAUCGAGGAGAGCCAAUAACUCAAAUCUAUGAAACUCUUCUCUUACCACGUGGAAAUUGUGAAUUUGAAUUCCGAAAGUUGUGA